UGCGAGGCGCAAGGGCUCUAGUUGCCCCGCUACAAUCACCACCAACCACGGAAUAGUAGUUGUGCUACAUACCCUUCCGUCAAACGGCUUUGCUGGUGCGAACGUUUCAUCAACUUUAUUUCUUAACUUUCUUUACGGGGAAUCAACUUGUUAAAUUUAAACAGUAGUCUGUUAAACAAUAUCAACGGGGCCUCGCGCUAAUGACAGGAUGGAUGCUUCAACGUAUUUCGCCGUUUUAUUGGUUCUCCCCUGGGCCGUCUCUACGGUUUGGUGUGCCCAAAUCUGUGAUGUGGUGAGUGAGAUCCAGCUGGAGAGAGAGCGCUGCGACAACAAAACCUCAGGAAAUGUCACAACAGGCUGCCAGGGGAUGUGGGAUAUCAUUGCCUGUUGGCCGUCUGCCCUGGUGGGAGAAGUCAUCACCAUCCAGUGUCCCCGCUACUUCAGCUACUUCUCAGACCACAUAGUCAAACACAAAGGAAACCUUUCCAAGACUUGUACAUCCAAAGGCUGGACUGAGAUGCAUCCUGUGGACAUUGCUGUGAACUGUGGGUAUAACGCCAACAGCACAGGAGAUGACGGGCAGUUCUUUUGGCAAGUGAAGAUUGGCUACACUGUUGGACACAGUGUCUCCCUCAUCUCCCUCAUCACAGCUAUAGUCAUACUGAGUAUCUUCAGGAAGCUCCACUGCACCAGGAACUACAUCCAUAUGCACCUGUUUGUAUCUUUUAUCCUGAAGGCCGUCGCUGUGUUUAUGAAGGAUGUGGUUCUGUAUGAAGUAGAAGAGGUGGACCACUGCCCAGGAUCAGUGGGCUGCAAGGCGGUGAUGGUCUUCUUCCAGUACUGCAUUAUGGCCAGCUUUUUCUGGCUGCUGGUGGAAGGCCUGUAUCUACACACCCUAUUGGCCGUUUCCUUCUUCUCAGAAAGGAAAUACUUCUGGUGCUACAUUUUGAUUGGCUGGGGAGGGCCGACCAUAUUCAUCACAGCUUGGAGUGUUUCCAAGGCCAACUAUAACGAUGUGGGAUGCUGGGAUAUUAUUGAAAAUACUGACAUGUUCUGGUGGAUCAUUAAGACUCCAAUACUGGCCUCCAUUUUGAUGAACUUCAUCCUCUUCAUUUGCAUCAUCAAGAUCCUCCGUCAGAAGAUCAACUGUCCAGAUAUCGGAAGGAACGAGUCCAACCAGUACUCGAGGCUGGCCAAGUCCACACUGCUGUUGAUUCCUCUAUUUGGGAUAAACUUCAUCGUGUUUGCCUUCAUCCCAGAGCAGGUGAACACCAAGCUACGACUGGUCUUUGACCUCAUCCUGGGGUCAUUUCAGGGCUUUGUGGUUGCUAUUCUCUACUGUUUCUUAAACGGAGAGGUACAGGGUGAGAUGAAAAGGAAGUGGAGGAGGUGGCAUCUUCAGCACUACAUGGGUUCUGAUGUUAAGUACCAGAACCCCUUCAUGGGCAACAGUAAUGUCACCACUCAGAUGUCCGUUUUGACCCGUUCCAGCCCGAAGGCACGGCGCCCCUCCUCCUGCCAUGAUGAGUCCUCCAUCUUCUGACCACACACACAUUUACACACACACUUACACACACAUACAUACACACUCACAGAGACACAAACAGAGAAGCACAGGCAGUUUGUUUCAUCUGUAAACACUGUAAAGACUUGGCGGUGUGCAGCUCAAUGUAGUGUUGUGAGAGACACAUUUAAGACACUCCUUUCUGCUCCUGGAAUGUGGUCUCCCUGGAUCCCCGGAGAGACAGGAUGAGGGUCUGGAACCGGACAGCUCAGACUGGACUGGAGCCCAGAUGAGGGGGACCUUGGGGCCCGGAAGGGUCUUCAUCUGUGAAAAUACAUAAAAUUCAUAAUACUUUCAUAAACAUUAAGAGGUUAAAUCAAAGUUCAAGUUUACAUAGUCGUAUGUACAGGAUACACAAGACAAACAAGACAAUGAAAUACUUAAUUGCUAAUUCCUGCUCAACAAUGCUAGAAAAAGAUUAAAAAUACAUAUAGUGUAUAAAUAUUUACGCAGGGUGUGUUUAAAUUUGUUUCCGUGCGUGUGUAUAGCAGAGUGCUUGAGUUAAUGUGUGUUUCAGCAGUGGUCAGCAGUGGGAUAGUCUGGCAAUAUAACACGUUGUGCUCUGGUCCAGGCCUGAGCUCAGACAGUAAGUGAAGGAACAGCGCAUGGCAGGGGUGUGAAGGAUCUCUGAUAGCCCUGAGCUCGGACAGUAUGUGAAGGAACAGCGCAUUGCAGGGGUAUGAGGGAUCUCUGAUAGGCCUGAGCUCAGACAGUAGGUGAAGGAACAGCACAUGGCAGGGGUGUGAAGGAUCUUUGAUAGUGCUGCAGAGUUUCUUUAGACCCUGCUUGUGAUACAUCCUUGAUGGGUGGAAGCAUCGACUCAGUGAUGCAUUGCCUUGUCUUCAGCCCCCACUGGUAGACCUUCACUGAAAAAAUACUUCCUCAAGUAUAAGUUGUAAAAAACGAAAUGCAAUGAAAUCUGAUAAUGGGGUGAACAUUUUUGCUUGUAACAAGACAGAGAAUUGUGAAAAUAAGCAACAUAUCCAGACACAACGAUGUUGCAACCCUGAUAUUUUGUUCAGACUUAUUGUCUUAUUUUGAAAAAGUUGUGCCUGAAUUAUAUGUUGCUUACAAGCAACAAGUUCUCAAUCCACUGGCAGAUAUUUGCUCAGGAUUCAAGAAUCAUUCCUCAUUCCUAGUUCAGUAUCCAAAAUGUUGCUUGAUCUAAUCCCAGAGCCAGCAAGGAGAAAAGAAACACAGGGUUGAGAACACAUCCCUUGGGACCCCAGUGUUAAGAGUCAGGUAUUAAAGCAGGUGACUGAGGACACAUCCCUGGGGGCCCCAGUGUUAAAAGUCAGGUAGUAAAGCAGGUGACUGAUGACACAUCCCUGGGGGCCCCAGUGUUAAAAGUCAGGUAGUAAAGCAGGUGACUGAGGACACAUCCCUGGGGGCCCCAGUGUUAAAAGUCAGGUAGUAAAGCAGGUGACUGAUGACACAUCCCUGGGGGCCCCAGUGUUAAGAGUCAGGUAGUAAAGCAGGUGACUGAGGACACAUCCCUGGGGGCCCCAGUGUUAAAAGUCAGGUAGUAAAGCAGGUGACUGAGGACACAUCCCUGGGGGCCCCAGUGUUAAAAGUCAGGUAGUAAAGCAGGUGACUGAUGACACAUCCCUGGGGGCCCCAGUGUUAAAAGUCAGGUAGUAAAGCAGGUGACUGAUGACACAUCCCUGGGGGCCCCAGUGUUAAGAGUCAGGUAGUAAAGCAGGUGACUGAGGACACAUCCCUGGGGGCCCCAGUGUUAAAAGUCAGGUAGUAAAGCAGGUGACUGAUGACACAUCCCUGGGGGCCCCAGUGUUAAAAGUCAGGUAGUAAAGCAGGUGACUGAUGACACAUCCCUGGGGGCCCCAGUGUUAAGAGUCAGGUAGUAAAGCAGGUGACUGAUGACACAUCCCUGGGGGCCCCAGUGUUAAAAGUCAGGUAGUAAAGCAGGUGACUGAUGACACAUCCCUGGGGGCCCCAGUGUUAAAAGUCAGGUAGUAAAGCAGGUGACUGAGGACACAUCCCUGGGGGCCCCAGUGUUAAAAGUCAGGUAGUAAAGCAGGUGACUGAGGACACAUCCCGGGGGGCCCCAGUGUUAAAAGUCAGGUAGUAAAGCAGGUGACUGAGGACACACCCCUGGGGGCCCCAGUGUUAAAAGUCAGGUAGUAAAGCAGGUGACUGAGGACACAUCCCUGGGGGCCCCAGUGUUAAAAGUCAGGUAGUAAAGCAGGUGACUGAGGACACAUCCCUGGGGGCCCCAGUGUUAAAAGUCAGGUAGUAAAGCAGGUGACUGAUGACACAUCCCUGGGGGCCCCAGUGUUAAAAGUCAGGUAGUAAAGCAGGUGACUGAUGACACAUCCCUGGGGGGGCCCCAGUGUUAAGGGUCAGCUUUGAACUUGACGACAUGUUUUGAAUUAUUGCAAAAAUCUAUGUUGAUCCCAUCAUAACCUUCUUAGCUGUGUUUAUUAUUGCUUAUCUAGCUCACACACAAGCAUGUGUUCCCUUUGUAAGGUACUUCAGCGAUUGCUCCCAGUAAAUUGCUUCAACCAUGUGUUCCCGUUGUAAAGUGCUUAAGCAUGUUCUUCCAUUGUAAAGUAUGUCAGCCAUGUGUUCCUGUUGUAAAGUACUUCAAGCUUGUGUUCCUGUUGUAAAGUACGUUAGCACAUGUUCCAGUUGUAAAGUAUUUCAGCCACGUGUUCCAGAUGUAAAGUACUUCAGCCGCAUGUUCCUAUUGUAAAGUUUUUCAGCCACGGGUUGCUGUUGUAAAGUACUUCCGAAAAUGUUCCAGCUGUAAUGUACUUCAGCCAUGUGCUUCCACUGUUAAGAACCUCAGCUAUGUGUUCCCAGUGUAAAGUACUUCAACCAUGUGUUCCUGUUGUAAAUUACUUAAGUGAUGUAUUCCGGUAGCAAAGCGUAUCACUGUUUCCAAAAAAGUUGGGACGCUGUGUAAAAUGCAAAUUGAAAAGAAAUACAAAGACAACAUA